AUGGUAAUAACGGGAAGCAAUUCUUUAAUGUUACGUUCUCUCAUUGAUCGGAUGGCCAAAGAAUUUUCCAUGAAGGAUCUUGAUGCUCUACACUAUUUUUUUGGGAUUGAAGUUGUUCGAAUUUAUAAGGGUCUUUCACUCAGCCAAGCUAAAUAUGCGCUUAAUCUAUUGACUCGAGAAGAAAUGGCCGAUUGCAAGCCUAUCUCAACUCCUUUUUUGGUGGGAUCUCAUCUCACUGAUUUGGGCACUUCCUAUUUAGAUGCUACACAGUUUUGUUCUCUAGCUGGCGCAUUACAAUAUUUAACUGUUACGAGGCCAGAUUUAUCCUACAGUGUUAACUCUACAUGUCAAUAUAUGCAUGCUCCCACCAUUGAUCAUUUUAGAGCCUUGAAGCAUAUUUUACGCUAUGUCAAAGGAACCUACCAUUAUGGCUUGCAACUCUCAUGGGAUUCCCCUCAGACUUUGCUUGGCUAUUCUGAUGCCGAUUGGGCCGGUUGCCCCGUCACUCGGCAUUCAACAAUCGGAUUUACUGUUUAUCUUGGACGCAACUUAAUUUCAUGGUGCUCUAAAAAGCAAACUACCGUCGCAUGCUCUAGUGCUGAGAUCGAGUAUCGUGCUCUUGCCUCUAUUGUCGCAGAACUUUCAUGGACACUUCAACUUCUUCGAGAACUCCAGAUCACCUUCCCCUCUCCUCUGAGACUCUUCUGCGACAACAAUAGUUCCAUAUUCAUUGCUUCCAACCCAGUCACCAAAUCUCGCUCCAAACAUAUUGAUAUUGACUAUCAUUUUGUUCGGGAACUUAUUGCUUGA